AUGCUCUUCGUCGAUGGCACCCUCUACGCCCUGGUAAAUGGCCUCCGUAUUGCCACAGUCGAACUGUCUGAUAGUUUGCUGGAACUGUCGUUUCUAGGAGAGGAGGUGGAUGACGACAGCAAGCCUGCGGGAGGACAGUUCAUGCUCGGAGAGUGCGGGGGUGAUGUGUUGCUCAUCAGUCAGGAUCACACGGAGAUGAUGCUGUACCAUGUUUAUCGGUGGGUGUUUGAGGUGGGGAAGUGGGUUUCAGUCACGAGCUUAGGCGGGCGGACACUGUUUCUUGGUUUCUUCGGAUUUGCAGCCUGUAUUGGUCCAGAUUACCCAGGAAUCCGAGGGGAUUGCUUAUAUGCAGCUGGGCCGCGCUUGGGUGAAUGGCAUGAGUACUCCUUGGCUGAUGGAACUUGCGAUGUUCGCUAUGCUGAUUAUCCAGGUCUUCAGAAAGAGGUGGACAAGGAAACGCUGAUCAAGGGUGUGGAUACUAUGUUCAAGAUUGCGGUGCAGCUGCUGUCCAAGAAGCGUCAAGCCGACAGUCAGAUUAGCAUGCUGCAAGAUGUCGACAGAGAUGAAGAAGCUGAUAAAGGCAAAAAGUGA